UGCUUCCCAAGUCUCCUCUCUUUCUAUUCUUGAAAAACAAGCAUAUACUCAAGAGAAUAAGGAAUCAAAAGAUGGUCUACAAAAGGUUUUUAGGAUUAGCACUUGGGCUGCUCUUUGUUAUGAAUGCUAUAUGGGGAUCUUGUGCAUAUGAUUAUCAUGAUGGGGAAAUGAAGAAAAAGGAGAUUGUUGGGUUUGGAGAAAACACAGUACUGUCUGUUGAUAAGGAACUGAUUCUCAGUGGUUUCAGCACUGCUAGCACCAGGAAGAUGGGCCUUGGAGGAAGGAAAAUGGCAGUUCAGAAAGAGUCAAGGAGAGAAACUGAGAAAGAACAAGGACUUCAUGGACAAGCUUCAGAAGAUAAUUCAGGGAAGAAGAAUAAUGCUUUAGACAAGUCUCUUGUAGGAUCACAAGAUCAAAUUAAUAAUCAGCAGAAGGAUAUGAGCAAUUUGGAGAGAGAGACACUGUCUGCCAGAUUGGGAACUCCAAGGACUGACCAGACAGUCCAUCUCCCAAAGUCCAACUCCAAGGAUUCCAAAGCGUUGCCAACCAAAACCAGCUUGGAAAGUCCUUCAAGGGCUGACAUUGACCAGGAACCUCAAGGUAGUGCUACUGAUCUAAAAAGUGAAAUGCAAAGGCUUCUUGAUGCAACAAGAGAAAUGGUCAACCUUAUGAACAAAGAUUACACCAUAAAACCACCUAAACGCAAGCCACCGAUCAAUAAUAAAGAGCCCAUUCAUUGAGCACAAGACAGGCUCACAAUUUUGUCCCCACUAGGAAGUGAAGUCCUUUAACCAAAUAUAGCAUAGAACUUCUUUGGUUUUGUUUUUAAUGCAUGGGUUAUAAACGUAGGGCACACUAGGAACACGGAAAUAUUGUUUGUUUAAUUUUCUAACAUCUGUAGAAGCGUACAAGUUGUGUACAUUAAUCACAAUUGUAUUUUAUAAUCUCUGUAAUAAUUUGGACUAGUACUUGUCUGAUCA